CUUUCUGGGUUAUUUUUUUUUACUGCCUUGGUACGGAAGCCGAGCAGGGACCAGUCGGUUACGCAGCGGCCACGGGUUUCCACAGCCGAGGGUAUGGCGGCUGUGAACGCGCCGGAGAGGAGGGAGACGUAACGGAGACGCUGAAAAAGAAAACAAAGCGACGCAAGUCCUUUAAUUAAGCGGAGAAAAUCCUCCUCGUCAGCGCUGCUUCCCCCGCGGCGGCGUCCGGCUGCAACGACCGCGUCUGCACUUCAUUCCCGGGGGGCUGAGCCAGUGUUUCUCCUCUGCCCUCGAUGGAGCAAGUUUGUGUGCGUGCGCGCGUGUGUGUUUUCCCUUAUUUUCUUCCUGAUGCACAGUGAGCGGUGCGUUUAGGCAGAUGAAAACCACGCACGCACCGCAUCACCGCGCGACAUCUCCUUCCUAAUGGACAAUCGCAUUCUGGUGAUGCCCGUGUAGCAGUCGGUGUCUGGCCCGCACGGUGGUGGUUGGGGGGGGGUCUAUACAAUGAAAUCCAUCACCGGGGCACCGAGUCUUUGUGCUCUGUCGUAGCCGAGCCCAGCGGGGGGGCGACCCGCGCCGCGUUAUCGAGCGCCCGUUCAACGAUGCGACCGCGGAUCGUCAAGUGAUUUCGUGCGCGGACAUUCGACGCCCUGCGACUCGAUUUAAUCCGCGAUGCGCGAGUACAAGGUGGUGGUGCUGGGCAGCGGUGGGGUCGGAAAGUCCGCCCUCACCGUGCAGUUCGUCACUGGGACUUUCAUCGAGAAGUACGACCCCACCAUAGAGGAUUUCUACCGCAAGGAGAUCGAGGUGGACUCCUCGCCCUCCGUGCUGGAGAUCCUCGACACCGCCGGCACCGAGCAGUUCGCCUCCAUGCGGGACCUUUACAUCAAAAAUGGUCAAGGGUUCAUCCUGGUCUACAGCCUGGUCAACCAGCAGAGCUUCCAGGACAUCAAGCCGAUGAGGGAUCAGAUCAUCAGAGUGAAAAGGUACGAGAAGGUUCCCGUGAUCCUGGUGGGGAACAAGGUGGACCUGGAAAGCGAGAGGGAGGUGUCGUCCAGCGAAGGCCAGGCCCUGGCCGAGGAGUGGGGGUGCCCCUUCAUGGAGACCUCGGCCAAGAGCAAAACCAUGGUGGACGAACUGUUCGCCGAGAUCGUUCGGCAGAUGGACUACGCCGCCCAGCCGGACAAGGACGACCCUUGCUGCUCCUCUUGCACUAUACAAUAGCGCCGGGGGAGGAGGGGGGACCGCCGGGCCGGGCCGGGCCGGGCCGGGCCGGGCCGCAAGGGAACCCGCAGGAAACUACGCCGGCCCGCCGAGAGUCCCGCGCACACUCGCACAUGCCAGUUAAGACGGUUGAACGCAAUGGAUUUGAACUCUGCGGAGCAUCAAAUCUGCAGAGGCAGGUUCAUUAAUAAAGACACGUGAGCAAAGAAUACACAUUGAACAAGGAAUGCCAGGAAUUUGGAAUGGAGGAAGAAAAAAAAAAAGGACCGUGCCCCUCGCCUUAUGUUACUCUCUCUGUUGUUCGGGUUUGUCUUUUGUCCUUUAGAGUCGAGGGGGGAAGAUCAUCAGCGAACAAUCACAGAUUGAGACGUUUACUCUUUAGGUUGUUGUAUGAUUCGUCAUAAGUUUCUCCUGGUUUUAAACAAAGCGUUUUUCAAGUAGCUACUGUACACAGUCAAUAACAGAUUUCUGGUAACACGUUGUUUUGAAAUAAUAAUGAGGAUUUACAUCAGUUUAUUGUGUGCAUUGGUGGAUGGAGUUUUUUCUACUCAUCACAGGGCUGAACCAAAGAGGUGACCCGAAAGCGCCUCCUUUUUCUUUAUAUAUUUUCUUUCUGUUGUUAAAAAGAAUUGGGAGUGAAACUGGUAGAAACGUCAGUGUCUUUCGCGACACGUUGGUGCAGUCAUAUCUUUCCUAUUUUCUCGCUUUGAGAUAUAAUAGCAGAGUCUUUAACAUAUCGUGUGAUGUUUCGUGUUCCCCUGGGAGACUCUCGCAGCAGAUUGCCGGGUAGUAAUAGAGUUUACUGCUUCUUCCUGAUGGGACAGAGAUUUAGUCUGUUCAGUCUUUGAAUAUCUCUCCAGACGAUGUCUCUCGGACCUUUUUCAGGAAUGGGUGACAUUUAAAGUGAAGUUGCCAACAUUUGUCAUACUUUACGUAUUCUUUUCUCUCCACGGAGCAAUAUGAAACUGGGUGCUCGAGAGUUUCAACAUCCUAAUCUCAUUCUGUGUGUGCUCAAAGUAUUCAAAUCCGUAGUAAGAAAUAGUGGCGGGGGGGAGAAUAACUAUAAUAAAUGGUAGUGUAAAUAUUUUGUAUUGAAAGUGCCAGCUCCUGUGAAGACACCGACUCAACGCGAGUGGACCCGUGUGCGUGGACAGUGAGCGGAAACAGGACUCUGGUCGUUUCAGAUAAAUAUAGGCUGUAAAAAUGUGCAAACCAAACACAUACAUGUCUGGAUCCGGACGCCGUCUCAACCGUACAUCUGUGCCGCCACGGGAACCAGGCUUUUCCCCGUGUGACCAUUUUCAUUGUUGAUUUUAUAUUUUUUUAUAUGUGACCAUUUACUCUUUAUUCCCUCUCUGAAUGGUGACACUGUUACAUUUGACACCUUAAACAAUAAAAGUGUGUCAAACUCUU